UGUAAUGUCGUCUAGAAUAUCGGCUCCCCGAAGAAACGCAUCUCAGCCGUUUUGUAUAUGGGUUGAUGACUCAUCUUUUUGUAUUACUAUCUUCUUUGAUUGUGAAUAAACUUGUGCGUUUUUGACGUACAUAUUGCUGUAUAUUCAUAGCGGAUCCCUUUUCCAGCGGAAAGAGUGCGGUUGUCCAGAGUGCCCUAUCUCUUUAACGGGAUUCACACACCAGUUAUAUUUCAGUUCUGUAUUUCAGCAAUGAACACUGCUCUACUGUACCAUGAGGAUUCUUUAAAGGAAUAACCCGCAUACCUGGGGAUAUCAUGGAGAAAUAAGAGUAAAUACAUUUAUUCAGGUGUAGCAGUCGCAGGUCGUGAUUCAAGAUGCCGCUGGUGAAGCGGAGUAUCGAGCCGCGUCACCUGUGUCAUACGGCUCUACCGUGCAGCAUCAAAAAUGAACUGGAGUGUGUGACCAACAUCUCACUCGCCAACGUCAUACGACAGCUGAGCAGCCUCAGUAAAUAUGCGGAGGAUUUGUUCGGCGAGCUCUUUAAUGAAGCUCACACGUUCUCGUUUCGAGUGAACUCGCUGCAGGAGAGAGUCGACCGCCUGUCAAUCAGUGUCACUCAACUCGACCCGAAAGAAGAGGAGUUGUCUCUUCAGGACAUCACGAUGAGGAAGGCGUUUCGCAGCUGCACCAUUCAAGACCAGCAGCUGUUUGAACGCGAGUCGCUGCCGAUACCGAUGCAGGAGACGUACGAAAUCUGCGAACAACCACCGCCUCUCAAUAUACUCACACCCUAUAGGGAUGAUGGGAAGGAGGGCUUGAAGUUUUACACAAACCCGUCGUACUUCUUCGACCUGUGGAGAGAGAAGAUGCUUCAGGACACUGAAGACAAGAGGAAAGAGAAGAGGAAGCAGAAGCUGCAGGAUCCCCUCAUGUAUGAUCAGGUCUAUAAGUAUUUAGACCUCCCAGUGCAGCUGAAGAACACCGACCGUCCUCACGAGUUGGAGAAAGUCCCGCGGGCGCCACACGAUCGUAAGAAGGAGUGGCAGAAGAUGGCGUUGGGGGCGGAGCUUGCCCAAGAGGACAUGAACGACAAACACCAAGACACUAACGGCGCCGCCACAUAUCACGACUCCAGGCAAAUGUAUAUCGAUCAUCUCGACGGGACGUUCUCCCUGGCCGCGCUGCCGUACUCUCAAAUGAAUGAACUGUUGAACCGCACGGGAGACAGAACAUACGGCCGGCCGCACGAACCGCCGCCGCCUCCGCCACCAACAUACCCGCCAGAUUUCAAACCAGCCUCAGUUAUCAGUUCCAGCUCAGGUUUCUCCGACAGCGUCACUCAGUCUCCGGCCCGCACGCCUGUCUUCCUCAACUCCAAUGCCCCGCCCCCUCCCCCUUUACCCCCACCCCCUCCUCCUCUCCCCGCCAACCAAUCAGGUUUCAGAAUGCGAAGUACAGCUCCGCCUCCGAUCCCACCCUUACCUUUCCAGCACCCCCCAGCCAUCCCCCCUCCCCCUGCCCCCCUUCAGAUUGCCCCCGGUGUCCUCCACCCAGCCCCGCCUCCAGUAGCCCCACCCCUUCACUCCAGCCCCGCCCGCAUACAGCAAGACAAAGCUCCGCCCACAGAUGGAACUGUUUUGCCGCCGCCCCCCCCGCCUCCUCCCUUGCCGCUCCCAGGAAACAGAGGCUCCUCCCCCUGCACAUCCUCAGGCCCGCCCAUCAUGCCUUCCUUCCCAUCCGGAGCAGUCUCGUCGCCGCCCACUCACUCGGGUCACGAGGUCAAGAGGUAUACCUCCAACAUGCCGCCAAUCAGCGACGCCCGCAGCGUUCUAUUGGAGGCCAUCCGUAAAGGUAUCCAGCUGAGGAAAGUCGAGGAACAGAGGGAACAGGAGGCCAAACACGAGCGCGUAGGGAACGACGUCGCCACAAUCUUGUCGCGCCGCAUCGCUGUGGAGUACAGCGACUCCGAAGAUGACUCCGAGUUUGAUGAAGUCGACUGGAUGGAAUAAGAGAGGGAUAUCAUGGGAAAAGUUUGGGAAGGAUGCAUAUGAAAUCUCAGUUAACCUUCUUCCCGAUAGCAACUAUCCCAUGAACACUUUUGUGUCCCUCAGUUGUCGUUUUAUUCAGGACACAUCAGCGUUGCGUCUGUAUUUGAUGUUCCCAGAAUGCUUUUUAUCCACAUGUAUUUCUUUUAUUUACAUUUGUCAUUCAUUCUCAAUAGGAACAAUACAGUAGGUUAUUUUUAUCGUUGUAAAGCGCUGUUUGGGAUGCGACCUCUUUAAAUGGACAGCAGCGCCCCCUUCCUGUCUCAAAAGGCAGUGGAACAAACGUUCACUGCAUCUCUUUACCUGCGGAUCACAGUGUGAUGGAUGCAUAUUAUAUUUUAUAUAUCAUCAAAACUGUUAACAUGUGAUAUCACGUAUGGUUGUGAUGUAUUAAAGUGUCAAAAUGGCUAAAAUCUCACGAAACCCGUCAAGAAAAUCCCUGGGUGAUCGUUCACACCAAAAUAAAAAAUACGAAAUUAUAUUUUGCUUAGAGACGAUGAAAUCUAUUAUUAGCACGAUUAUAUUGGUUUAAUCGAUAUCAUGAUAAAAUAAAUAAAGUAUGUCAUGCUGUACAAAAAAAAUUAAAAAGGAAAUCGGCUUAAUUGUCCUAAAAAUACACCUAAUUUUUGAUAUUUUGUUUCGCGAGAUUCAUCCAAAACGUGUAUUAAAACACUGAGAUUUCCCGUAAAGGUCCUGCAUAUACAGGAAAUUGUAAUUUAUUGCAUUUCUGAAUUUAUUUAGUUUGCCAAAAUGUAAGAACUGGCCUUGCCGAACUUCAAAGUGAGCUUUGUGAAGCACAAAAUCCCAAAAGAAGAGAACAGUCACACGGGCCGUUGGUCACGUUCAUUGUCUUGUCUGUUGGUGUUUGGACUGAAAGGAGUUUGUUUCUGACGCCUGAUGGGUUUUGUAUAAAUCUUGAUGUAUUGAUGAAUGUAUUGUGCUGUUACUACUUUUGCCUGCAUUUCUCCAACUGUUUCUAUGUUCCAGACGGGGAGGGGAUACAGAAAUUAAACAUGAUUUAAAAUACUGUAUACCGUGUAACGUAUGUAACAGUUUGCUUGAAUUAAUAAAAACUAAUGU